AUGACCACUGCCUACAACGUCUACCGCGUGAAAUUUAGCCAAAUCUCGGGGACCGAUCACGGGAACGUUGGCAUGGGAAUGGACUACGACGCCCGUCCCGGCUAUAAGUUUGCUAGUGAUAGGUCGUAUAGCGGCAAAGAAUGCGCUUUCCAAUUGCCUGUAGAGAAACUCCAGGGUUUCGAAGCAAUUGCCUCCGCCCAAACUCCGCCGUAUGAUAGCCGGGUGUUGAUGACGAGGGAUGUGAAGAGUUUGGACCCUCCGGCUCCGGAUUGCACUACUUGGGUUGAAGAAGUUUUGGCGGCGGCUCAGAAGCUUUGA